CCACUGCCUUUAAAAGGUGUUAAUAUUUCAGGUCUCAACCAGUCCUUCAUGAAGAGAUCAAGCAUUUGAGCUGCCUGCUUUUUUUUUACUUCACUGUCAUUUUUUAUUUAGCCUUAAACAGUUUAUAGGCAACCGUACUGCAGUCACAAAAUAUGAGCGACAGAGGAAUUAGGCUGUGCUCUGAUCUGAGGAUCGUUCUGGUUGGUAAGACAGGAUCAGGGAAGAGUGCCACAGGAAACACCAUAUUGGGGGAAAAGGCAUUUCAUGAAGAAGCUUCUCCAGUAUCUGUGACACGUCAAUGUGAAACCGGACGUGGUCGGAUUGUAGGAAGAAAUGUUAAAGUCAUCGACACUCCAGGACUGUUUGAUACGUCGAUGUCUAACGAAGAAUUGCAAAAAGAACUAGAAAAGUGUGUCAGUAUGUCCGUUCCUGGGCCUCAUGUGUUCCUGCUGGUGAUCAGACUGGGGAGGCACACGGGGGAGGAGAGGAACGCUGUGAAGUGGAUUGAGCAGAACUUCGGAGAAGAUGCCUUAUGUCACACGAUCGUUCUCUUCACCCACGUCGACCAGAUUGGAGACAAAACACUGGAGGCGUUUAUCAGUCAAAGUAACGAUCUUUUGCGACUUACUAACAAGUGUGGUGAAAGAUACCUCGGAUUUAAUAACUGUGCCACUGACACGGAGAAGAAUAACCAGGUCAGAGUGUUGCUGGAGAUGAUAUAUGACAUGAUUGAGAUGAAUGGUGGAGGACACUACACCAAUGAAAUGUACGAGAAGGCCCAGCGUGAGAUAACAGACAGAGAACUGUCUGAUCUGAGGAUCGUUCUUCUGGGUAAGACCGGAUCAGGGAAGAGUGCUUCAGGAAACACCAUCCUGAGGAAAACGGCGUUUGAGAAAGAUGCCUCACAGGCUUCUGUGACCCAGCAUUGUGAGAUGGGAUCUACCAGGGUUGGUGGAAGGCUGAUCACAGUCAUUGACACUCCAGGGAUUUUAGAGACAUCCAGGACUACAGAGCAGCUGAAAGAGGAGCUGGAGAAGUGUGUCCGUAUGUCCGUUCCUGGUCCUCAUGUGUUCCUGCUGCUAAUCAGACUUGGAAGGUACACUGAAGAAGAGAGGAACGCUGUGAAGUGGAUUCAGGAGAACUUUGGAGUAGAUGCCUUAAUGUACACAAUCGUUCUCUUCACCCACGUCGACCAGGUUAAGGCCAAGACCGUAGAUGCCUUCAUUAAAGAGAGCAGAGACCUCAUUAGUCUGAUUAACAGCUGUGGGGGAAGAUAUCAUGCACUGGACAAUACAUCAACCAAGAACAGCGCCCAGGUGACGAAGCUGCUGGAGAAAAUGUCAGCCUUGUUAAGAAGGAACGGUGGCCGGUACUACUCCAACGCGAUGUACAAGCAGGCUCAGAGAACGAUAAAGGAGGAGGAGGAGGAGGAGGAGAGGAGGAGAAAACAAGAAGAAGAGAAGAACUUCUCGUUUGUUUCCUGGAUCAGCAAAAUUUUAGAGGAUCCUAUGCAGUUCUUUACAGACCAAGCAGUACUGGCCGUCACUGGAGCUAAUCUGAGCACUGUAGCCACUGGAAUGUGGUCAGGGACAGUCAUUUUCCUCCAGAUGUUGAUAAAGACGAUGGUGUGUCUGACUAAAAGCGUGAUUAACUGCACAAAAAAGAACAAACAACAGUAG